CGCGCGCACGGUGGUUGGGGGUUGGGGGUGCGCUGCACACACUGCCGCGCCCCCGGCUCCAGGCGGGCGGCGACGGCGGCCCGGGGGCCACGAGGUUACGUAAGGAGCGGGCGGGAGGCACCGGCGGCUCCGCCCGAUCGCGGCCGCCCAGCCCCCGCCCUCCCGUCCGCCUGCGCCUGGCGGCGGCCCCGACACCGGUAGAGGAGCCGCGCAGCGGGCGGAAUGGAGCGGCGCCGGGGCUGAGCCGGGCGCACUCGGGCCGCCGCAUGUGCCGCGCGGGGAGCAGCUGCCGAGCGGGCGGAGAGCGAACGCCAGGGGCCCCGUCGGAGCGGCCGCAGGAGCAACGCCGGAGAUGGGAGAACAGCCCAUCUUCACCACCCGUGCGCACGUCUUCCAGAUCGACCCCAGCACCAAGAAGAACUGGGUGCCUGCAAGCAAGCAGGCCGUCACUGUUUCCUACUUCUACGAUGUCACCAGGAGCAGCUAUCGAAUCAUCAGCGUUGAUGGGGCCAAGGUGAUUAUAAACAGCACCAUCACCCCGAACAUGACUUUCACCAAAACCUCACAGAAGUUUGGCCAGUGGGCUGACAGCAGAGCCAACACAGUGUUCGGAUUGGGGUUCUCCUCGGAGCAGCAGCUCACGAAGUUUGCAGAGAAAUUCCAGGAGGUAAAAGAAGCUGCCAGGCUAGCCAGAGACAAGUCCCAGGAGAAAAUUGAGACCUCAAGUAAUCAUUCCCAAGAAUCUGGGUGUGAAACCCCAUCUUCCACUCAGGCAUCCAGCGUCAAUGGGACAGAUGAUGAGAAGGCCUCACAUGCGAGUCCAGCUGACACACACCUCAAGUCUGAGAAUGACAAACUGAAGAUCGCCUUGACACAGAGUGCAGCCAAUGUGAAGAAGUGGGAGACUGAGCUGCAGACCCUGCGGGAGAGCAAUGCCCGGCUCACCGUGGCCCUGCAGGAGUCGGUGGCCAGCGUGGAGCAGUGGAAGAAGCAGUUCUCCAUCUGCCGAGAUGAGAACGACCGGCUCCGCAGCAAGAUUGAGCAGCUGGAAGAACAGUGCGGCGAGAUAAACAGGGAGAAGGAGAAGAACUCCCAGCUGAAGAGCAGGAUUGAGGAGCUGGAGUCUGAGCUCCGCGAAAAGGACAUGGAGUUGAAAGAUCUCCGAAAACAAAGUGAAAUCAUACCUCAGCUCAUGUCCGAGUGUGAAUAUGUCUCUGAGAAAUUAGAGGCGGCCGAAAGAGACAACCAAAACUUGGAAGACAAAGUGCGGUCUCUAAAGACAGACAUCGAGGAGAGCAAAUACCGGCAGCGCCACCUUAAGGGGGAGUUGAAGAGCUUCCUCGAGGUGCUGGAUGGAAAGAUCGAUGACCUCCACGACUUCCGGCGAGGACUCUCCAAGUUAGGCACAGAUAACUAGGCCUAGGUCAUGAGUUGCGAGUGUGUGUGU